GGAUUAAGCAUCGCCGCCAAUUCUUCCUUCUUGAGGAAGCAGCCAACAUGCACGAGAGAGUGGCAUGGAUCUCAUGCAGGCUGACCAGAAGAGGAGGCCAUUUCCGGCCCCCAUUCCGGAGGAGAGUUUGCUUAUGAGGGGGGUGAGAAUCCCAGCUGAACGUGCACGGUCUUAUGGAAGAUCUCACCUAUAUCCCUUUCACUCUUUCCCCACAUAUCUAGGGGUUCGAGUCGGGAACUACUAGUUUUGCAUGCUUCAAGAUGGCCUCCAAUAUACCACUCGAAAAGCUGCUAGAAAUGCCCGCGGCGACUCCUCCACCAGGAGUGACGCCGAACCUGGUGGAUCCGCCUAAUGACGAAGCGGCCGCGAAAGGCAUUAUUCUGAGCUUUUGGAUAUUCUGUUCGUUGAUGCUGUUUAUUCGUGUCUAUACCAAGCUUGUGUUGAUCCGCAAAUUCGAUUUGUCCGACUGUGAGCUACCCCCGGAGGCCAAUUUGUACAGACACUGCUAACACCACCAGACUCGAUUCUAAUGGCGUGGGCCAUUCUCAUGGGGGACUUCGCUCCUUACUGGCUUUUCGCUGAUCUGGCCCCUGGAGUCGACCAGUGGAAUCUGCGACUUAAGGACUUCUCCACGGUGAUCGAGUAUUUUCACGCCGGCGGCGUUCUAUACGGCUGCUGCAUAUUCUUUAUCAAACUGGCCAUCUUGCUGCAGUUCAUCGAGAUCUUUGUGCCCAUUCGCAGGACGGGCACGUUCUACUGGAUCUGUCUGAUCUUGAUCAUCGUGAACUUUGUCUUCUAUUUCAUCAGUUUCUUCCUUGAGGUCUUCUCCUGUAACCCAGUGAAGAAGUAUCACAAGCCAUGGGUUGAGGGUACCUGCAUGAGAUACCACGUGUUGAACGUCGUCGCCAGCUCCGUCAACGCUGUUUCGGACAUUAUCAUAUUGGUCUUACCGCAGGUCCGUAUCUGGAAUUUGCAAAUGCCUCUGAGUCGCCGGAUUGCUGUCUCCGCUGUGUUUUUGGUCGGAGUGAUGGCCUGCACCGCCUCCGUGGUCCGUCUCGCCUACACCGUCGUUCUCAUGAAGACCAAGAACAUCUCUUACUACGCUUACCUAUCGGGUAUCUGGACAAUCCCCGAGCUCUCCAUGGGAAUCGUCGUGGCGUGCUUGCCUGUCUUGCCUAAAUUUAUCAAGAGCCUUGACCCGAGUCACCGUCUGUCGCGCAUCGGCUCUUCACUGCAGGGCAUGUUCUCCGGGGGCAGUCGCUCGCUCUCGCGCUCUCGCUCCCAUAACUACUCAUCGGAUCGCACGGAGCGAAAUAAUGCGCCAUACACUUCUAUACAGCGAGGGAAGGACGGCUGGUCUGAUUCUCUUCCCCUAGUCUCUACGUCCAGUAGGGGCAGCGUGAAACAGCCGGAUGUUGCAGGCCAGGCGGUAUGAAUCUGGUCUUUGGGAUUGAGUGUUUGAGAUGCACUACACGCGAUUAUAAUCCUCUCUGGGAAAUCUUGCUAGAGCGUUGGGUAUAUUAUGGUGCGGGUUGGUUGGGGCAUAGGAUUUGGCGUAACGCGA